CUGUGUAAUGGAAUCGGGAAGCCACGAAGCGAUUUCCCGGUACUUAGUGCGAUGUCUCGCUUGGCCGACUACUUUGUCGUGGUAGGAUAUGACCAUGAGAAAGAAAGAGGCGGCACCAGCUGUGGAAAAAUAAUCCAGAGAUUUCCGGACACAGACUGGGAACACUGUCCAUUUACACAAGGGAUAGAACUGUUUUGUCGGCCAGUAGGAUGGACGCUGUCAAGCCGCCGGGAGCCGCCAGAAUUUUUCGUGGCAGUGUUGACGGACAUCGAUGCAGAUCGGCACUACUGCACAUGUCUCACAUUCAGCGAGACCAUUGCUAUCACCAGCACCAAGGGAGAUGACCCUGAUGGAGACGAGCCUUCGGGAAUCCAUAGCUCUCUCAUGUUCUCCCCGAAGUCCCUCGUCCUUGUCUCGCGGCUCGACUACUUUGAUGUGUUCAGGAACUGCCUAGGAAUCAUAUACUCCACGUAUGUUGACAAACUUGACUACCAGUUGGAGUCUCUGGUGGGCAAUAUACUAGGCUGUAUUCAAGUACCUCCUAUAGGUGGGCCCCAGGUACGGUUCUCAAUUGGCGCUGGUGAUCGCCAAGCACUACAACCCCCACUCAGCUCCAGCCUCCCUGUUUCUGGUUACACUGUGGCCCUCCUCUUCAAACAGCUAGGUAUUCAGAAUACCUUGGUGCUUUUCUGUGCAGCAUUGACGGACCACAAGAUUUUGUUUCACUCACAAAGUAACUCUCGUCUGACAGAUGCCUGUCGGGGCCUCACUGUUCUGUUUUAUCCCUUCAAGUACAGCUAUGUAUAUAUUCCUAUCCUACCUGCACCAUUGAUAGAAGUGCUCAACACUCCAACCCCAUUCCUGGCUGGUAUCCAUUCCUCACUUAUGGAUGAGGCCUCUGAUCUCUUAGAUGUUAUCGUUGUUGACUUAGACGGAGGAAGUAUAUUUAUUCCUGAAUGUGUAAACCUUCCCAUGAUUCCUGAACCAAUUCUCACACGGACAAAGACAUGCCUGAAGAUGGUAUUGAACCCUGACCUCAUCAUUGCUGACCAUGCAUUUCCCGCCCCGUCUCCUAAGAAACCAGCCUCAUUGGAACAGAAGGACAAAGAAAUCCGUGCCAUAUUUAUUCGUAUGUUUGCUGAAGUUUUUGCUGGAUACAGAACAUGUCUCACGCUGAUUCGUAUUCAUCCUGAACCCUUCAUCACUUUUCAUAAGGCAAACUUCCUUGGUCACAAAGGAAUGGUAGAAGAUGAUUUCCUCAUACGUGUGCUGGAUGCAAUGGCCUUCGGAGGAUUUGUGGCAGAACGCGGACCACCGUAUCGAGUCUGUGACAUAUUUGAUGAGGUGUAUGCCGUUCUGCAGGAACAGCUGAAGGACGAGGUAAACAACCCUGAAAAAACCAUGAGUAACAUCAAGGAGAUCGCCAAACAGCUACAUACAAUUGAAUGUCCCAAUCCACAGCCUUAUGUACAGAAGGUACCCAAACCAACAGAGGGGGCAUACUCACGUAUUCAUCAGCCUCCCUUCCCCUACCUCGACUGGCAACAUGUACAGAAGAUAAUAGACGAGGGGGUGCACAAACAACCAGUCAAGACCAAGUUCAAUAACCUUCGACCCCCACAGCUGAGAAUUGUGCCAAUUGGUCCAACCAUAACACUCAUCACAGACAGAUUAAGAAUUGUCGACAACAACGCUCGUCGUCUGGAAGUUCUACGCAAUUGUGUCACCUUCAUCUUUGAGAACAAAAUCACAGAUGCAAGAAUUAUUUUCCCGGCAGUACUGCGAGCCCUGAAGAGUCGGGUGGCACGUCUUAGUUUAACACAGGAACUGAGUUAUCAUAUACGCAGCAACAGGGCCAUGCUGGAACAUCAACAGUUUGACCUAGUCGUAAAACUCCUCAACUGUGCACUACAGAAUGACUCCAGUAUGGACGAGAACGGAAUAGCAGCAGCCAUCCUUCCACUGGCCACAUCCUUUUGUCGAAAACUGUGUACUGGAGUGAUCCAGUUUGCCUACACCCUGGUACAGGAACACCCAGUGUGGUCCAAUCAGCAGUUCUGGGAAGCCUCCUUCUACCAGGACGUCCAGAAACAGAUCAAACAGCUAUACCUACCGCAGUAUGAGGAGCACAUGAUAAUGGAGAAAAAACGGGACAGCUCCUACAGUCCUCCGCAGUACAGGAAUGAAGAUGAGCUGCAUGUGCCCUCAUAUCGUGGCUCCUCUACGACACCAGAUGCACAGCGACGGCUGUCAGGCUUCAAACCCAGACAGAUUGGGGCACUGGAAAUAGCUGCUGAACAGUUAAGAGUAUGGCCGACCCUGAGCCAGGAGCAGCAGCUGGAGAUGAUGAAUAACGAGGAAUCCACUGUGUACAGUCAGGCCAUCCACUACAGUAACAGGAUGGUGUAUAUGAGGGUUCCCCUGGAGACGACCAAACCUAUCAAAACCAUCUCACCUCACGACUGGGAGAGCAAUAGUAACAGUAACAUUACUGCCAGUCUGGCUGAGAGCGAUAGUAUUGAUGCGGAGAGUGGAUUUGAUGAGACGGAGAUCUCUGACGUUGGAGCCACAGUGGUGCGGUUUGUGACGAGGUUCGUGGACAAAGUGUGCAACGACAGUGGAGUAACGCAAGACCACAUCAAGGCUCUACAUCAAAUGGUUCCAGGUGUGGUUGCCAUGCAUAUAGAAACACUGGAGGCCGUCCACAGGGAGAGCAAGAGGCUACCGCCAAUACAGAAGCCCAAGAUCCUGAAGCCGACCCUCCUGUCAGGAGAAGAGGUGGUGAUGGACGGUCUGAGAGUUUACCUCCUCCCUGAUGGUCGAGAGGAGGGUAUGGGCAGCAACAUGGGAGGUCCCAGUCUACUGCCAGCUGAGGGGGCCAUCUUCCUCACCAAUUACAGAAUCAUCUUCAAGGGAAUCCCUUGUGAUCCUCUAGCGUGCGAACAGGUGGUGGUACGGUAUUUCCCGGUGUCCACCCUCACCAAGGAGAAACAGAUCAAGCUUCAGUAUACUCCGCAUAUAGACCAACUCCCGAAGGACGGCAUACAGCUGAGGUCGAAUAUAUUCCAGCUAAUGAAGAUCGCGUUUGACGAGGAGGUGAAUCCGGAGGAUGUUGAUGCUUUCAGAAAGCUCUCCAACAAAUACCGCAACCCAAACAAUGUGUUCAACACUUUCGCCUUCUCUGGUCAGACAUUACUUCAGCCUACACCUCUUCACAAACACAAAGAGAAAAAUGCUUCUCUCAAACAUUUCGCUAAAAAAACAUUAAUAAAAACGGCUCGGAAGGCUGGGAUCAAAAGUAAACCAUCAGGACGGAAACCGAACAAAUAUGUGCUUCCAACUCCUCCUCAGCAACGACGAAGCAUAGCGUCACGGUCAUCUACAGCGGGGUCGGACAGUGAAUCUGACCGUCCAAUCAGCGAGCUCUAUGAUGACCUCUCAAUAAUAGACGAGGCAGAUUUCCCCCAGAGUUUGACUGCUGACCCCAAAUUUCUCGAAAAACUGAUGACAAGACCUGGGUAUAAUGAUUACAAACGUCUAGGCUUUGGGGACCUGAUGGGUGGUACUCAGACGCUGAGAACGAGAACAGACUUGUUCAGAAUCAGUACUGUCAAUGCAAAUUACUCAGUGUGUCGCAGCUAUCCCGCUCUCCUUGUUGUGCCAGCAGCAGUGACAGAUAACAGUAUACGCAAGUUUGCCCGCACCCACAGACAAUCAAGAUUCCCUGUGAUAACCUGGCGCCACCAGAGAACCAAGGCCCUGUUAUUACGGGCGAGUGGUUUUCACAGCCGUGGACUGAUGGGCAUGCUCAAGCCAGAAAGUGGUUCAGGUGCAUCUGGAGGAGAACCAUCAUCCAGUCUUCAGCAGGAACGAUACUUCUCCGCCAUUGUAGGGGCCACACCCAACAGUGGGCGUGUCUACCACCCCUCGUGUAGCGACUCCCUCACCAGUCUGGAUUCUCUGAUGAUGGUGGAACAGCCAAUCACAUUGCCCGAUACACCAGAUAUGCUGAGACGGGCCUACAAAACUGGCAGUGUCCGGAGUAUGGUGAAACCAAAGACAACGUUCCUCACCUUGCCUCGGCGGUCACGGUCACGAGCUGGUUACUGGCAAACUUUCGGCAGAAUCGGCAGCAUUAAGGAUAAGUCACGGAUGAGCGGCACUGCGAGCCUCGACUCAUCUGCCGCUCGUAUUAACGGAGCACUCAGCGAUGGUAACUAUGGCGACCGCAGCCACGGAGAUCUCAUCAACAACUCUGUGCAGGGUCUUAAGCGGGUGGCUCUGUAUGUCCUAGGGGAGAAGGCUCAAAUGAAGGGUAUAAAAAUGGAAUCUUUCCCGAAGUGUGACUUUAUACCUGUGGAUUUCUAUGAAGUGCGUCACGUCAAGGCUAGCUUUAAAAAGUUGAUGAGGGCUUGUGUACCUAGUGCCCCGCCAACACAGGAGAACACGUUUUAUAAGGCAGUGGAGGAGUGCGAGUGGCUUUUACAGAUUCAGAACAUCCUGCAGCUUGCUGGUGCCACGGUUGACCUAUUAGAUGUACAGGGGUCAUCUGUGAUGAUGUGUUUGGAGGACGGCUGGGAUUUUACAACGCAAGUAGUGUCUGUAGCACAAAUUCUCCUUGACCCAUACUACCGCACUAUCGAAGGCUUCCGUGCCCUUGUGGAGAAAGAAUGGUUGUCUUUUGGACACAGGUUCACGCAUCGCAGUAACCAAACAGCAGCUAACCAAGCCAGCGGUUUCGCUCCACUCUUCUUGCAGUUCCUCGAUGUAGUUCAUCAGGUUAUGAACCAGUUCCCUCUGUCGUUUGAAUAUAAUGAGUUUUACCUGCGUUUCCUGGCCUACCACUACGUAGCUAGUCGCUUCAGAAGCUUCAUGUUGGAUAACGAGUAUGAGCGUAUGGAGGCCGGCUGGCUGUGUGAGGAGAGGAAGACGCCCAAGAUUGAUGACACAGAUGUAGAGGGUGGGUUUGCCUAUCGUCAUCAACACCAGCCCAGUCUAGGAAUGUCGGUCUGGGACUACAUCGACAAACAUCACCGCAAGUCGGCCAUCUUCUGGAACUUCUACUACAGCCCACAUGACCAGGAGGUGGUACUGCGACCAUACUCUAACAUGUCAAACCUGCGUGUGUGGGAGUAUUAUCUCACUGAGGACUUGGCCCACGGGCCUCCGUACGAAGUCGAGGUUGCACAGCGAGAAAUACAGCUGAACGAGGAGGAGGCUGCGGAGAGCUCGGGUCAGAGGUCACGUAAGGUUGUCAAUGGUUGCUAUGACAACAUACGAAUACAACAGCCUGAUUGUUUUACAUGGCAGCUACAGGAGAUGUAUAAGAUAGAGAGUGAUUUGGGCCUGCUACCACAGAAGUGGAAGACGAUCUGGGACAAAAUAGAACGUCCCAACCGAGAGACCAUCCACAGGAACGCCUCAUUCAACACUCAAAUGGUGCGAUCCCACGGCCGCUCAAUCCACAAGCGAUCCACUCUGGAGAUCCUCGUCAAGGGCAAGAUGCUUGGCGAGGCGGCCAAGAUGUUCAGCCAGCCCCACAGAUUUGAGAAGUACACCUACACAACACCUGUGUACUGUGACUAUUGUUCUCAGGUCCUGUGGGGGCUUCUCAAGACAGGCAUGCAUUGCGCAGACUGUGGAUACAACUGUCAUGAGAAGUGUGUCAACAAUGUACCAAAAAACUGUACGAAACUCAAGAUCGUCGCCGAUAGCAACAGCAGCUCGAAUGUGUCUCGGGCAGGAGGCUCAGAGUCCGGGUCCGUCACAGGGGUGGCAACGGUAGCCAGCAGUUCCCCUGGAUAUGAACAGAUGUCGUCAGGCAGUGGGGAACAACAGACGUUUGAAGGAUACUUAUUCAAACGAGGCGCGCUGCUUAAGGGGUGGAAACAGCGCUGGUUUGUCCUCGACUCGACCAAACAUCAGCUGAGGUACUAUGACGCUAUGGAAGAUUCUAGUUGUAAAGGAUUCAUCGACUUGCUGGAUAUUGUGUCAAUACAACCUAUCAAAAACGUUCAGGGGGCACCGAAGAGAUCUGACGAAAAUGCUUUCUUUGAGUUGAAGACAGUUCGCCGGGUGUACAACUUUCUGGCGUUCGACGCUAAGACUGCCCAGGAGUGGAUCGACCGGAUACAUAGCUUUAUAUGAGGGCUUGCUUAGAAUCCUGUCACAUCAUUGCCUAUCAGUCCUGUUCACUUGAAUCGAUGGAAAAACAGUUCUGAACUAGUAUUUACGAAUACGUCAUAAUAAACUACUGAAAGUGUAACUUUAUAUGGCUUGUGAAAAUGAUCGGAGAUCUUCAAUCAUGUGUUCAGAUUUAAAGCUAGCAUGUUUUUCGGUGUUGUGAAGGUCACAGGAUGUACCACGACAGUCGGAUAGUCAAGUAUUUGGCGUAGUGUUGUGACGGUCUUGCGAUGUACCACUGAGGUCAGACAGAAUAUGUGUUGCAUAGUGUUGUGAUGGACCUAGGGAAUAACUGGUCACAAAACUUGGUUGUGAGGGAUGAUGAAAGUAUAAAUGACCUUGCUAGAGGUCAAACUGACCACAGACAGACUGACCACUACAACAUGUAACCUCACAGCAGAUACACAUUACAAGCAAUUUGUUGACAUGUCAAUAGAAUAUGACUACUCUUAAAUGUUUUUCACGUAACUUUUUAUCGUUGAUGUCUCAUGUAUUUUCAUUCAUUGGAAAGGUUCUUUUGCAAUUCUGAAAUUACAGAUUUAAGCAAAUUUUAGAUGAUUUUAAAAAUAAGUUUAAGAUUUUAUCUGGAUUUCCAUUAAAUAAAAAAAAAACAAUCAUUCUGAAACUAUAAAUUCAAGCAAGUUUUAAAUAGAUUUUUUACUUUUAUCUUGAUUGGCAUUGAAGAGAAACCAUAAAUUCAAGCAAAUUUUAAAUAAAUUUUAAAAUUCUACCUUGACUCACAUUGAAGAGAAAUUGCAUGUGUUGCGCUGUGUAUCUUGCAGUGGUUCGCUGAUAAUGACAAUUGUAAAGAUAGAUGAUUGAUAAAUCUCACCUCAUAUAUUUUAUGUAAAAUGUAUGUAUGGGACAUGGUCCUGCAGACUAUUUGUGUGGGUGGGCGAUGUAGUGCAUGGAGGAUGAGUGCGAAACUAGGGCUGAUUAUAAUCUGUUUUUACAGGGGGAUCAACUGUUUAUAACUUGCACAACACCAUACUAUUUAUUUUACUUCAUACUUGAAUACUAUGACAUUAUUGUGUCAAUUUUAUGUAAUUAUAAUCAUAAGUAAUUAAUAACAUUUUUUCGCCAUGUAGUGUAAUAAAUUUAUGUAUAAAAAUGCAUAGGUUUGAUAUAGCAGUGUGAUUUGUUUUAAUCAUUUGUAAAAGAAACCAGUUUUAUUGUAGAUAUUGAUGUAAAUGUGUAUCAAUUAGGCCAUGAUUUUCUCACCUUUGUAAAUAGUCAUGGAGUUAUUUCCCUUUGUGUAGAGUUAUCUACCUUCCUCAGAGUUGUCUGUCCACUGUACAUAUAUGUAAUGUAUAUACUUCAACGUACUUGUACAGUCUUUAAUGCUAUGCUGCAGUAUAACUGGCAUUUUAUGUUCAAGACUGAUGCAACAAUAGUUUAAAACUUCUCGAUGUGUCUGUAUUAAAUUAUUCUAUUAUUCUAAUUUAAUUAUAUGUUUUGUAAAUCUUGAGGAGUCUAUUUGAAAUUAUUAUAUUUUAGUAUUUUAACUAAACACAAGUUUGUGAAGUUUAAAAAACAAAAGUUUCUAGGAAAUACUUUGAGUUCAUUGGAAAAAUCUACCUAUAUUUGAAUACCACUAAUAUAAUGUAAAUUUUAAAGGAGCAUUAUCUAUCUUUGGCAUAAUUUUUUUUUUUUUUUUAAUUUCUUUAAUUUAUUUUGUUGAACAAUUUUUCUGGUCAUGGAUUUUCAUCAUUUAAAGGAUAACUUUAACACUUACUGAUAACUUGGAUUGGUUCAACUUCCAACACCUUACACUAACCAAACUUUAACAAUGUUUUCAAUAUAAGUAUUGUUUUAAAUAAUAUGUCUUUUGUUUGAUACAUUUUAAUAACAUGGAACAUUUUACAUGGAUUUUAUAAAUGUCUUUAACAGGGUGUAAGGCACAUUGACUACUAUUGGUAUAUAUAGAACUAGUACACAGUAUUAACUUUCUUUUCUGUUGAGUUGUCAGUAACACAUGUAGACAUCAGAAACCCAUAAAAUUUACAUCUCUAGUCAUACAUAUCAUAGAUAGCUCAGAUUUCUGUUUUAUCAUAUAACAAGAAUCUAAAUGUACAGGAAAAAAAUUUCCAGAAUGAGGUGGAUAUUUCAUCAAAGACACAUUUGUAUUAAUAGACAUUUGAUUGAACAAUAUUUACAAAAUAAUAAAUGAUAGAAAUAUGGCUACUUUUUAUAAGAUAAAAUAUAAUUUUUUAUCUUGAAUUGUCAAUAGAAACACUUACAGGUUUCUUUACAAACAGGGUUGGAUGCUAAAGGGACGAUACAUAUGAUUAAGUGCUAAACCCCUUGAUGUAGGAUAUUAUGGAUUAAUUGUACGGGUGUUAGCUAAACCUGUAUUUAUUUGACCUCUGAAGGGGUCGCGGUGGCCGAGUGGUUAAGGUGUCCCGACACUUUAUCACUAGCCCUCCACCUCUGGGUUGCAAGUUCGAAACCUACA